AUGGCGAAGAAAAGUGGAUCAAGAGGUCCAAUCAAGCAGGUCGAUGCUUCUUUAAACGAGCCAAUCAACAAAGAUGCUCCACCAACUAUUUACGGGUCUCACUUGACUCCCGAAUUUGCCAGUGCAGCUUUGAAUCUGUCCGUGGACUUCUUGAAGCAACAGCAGUCGAUGGCGAACAAAUACAUUCUAUGGCACCCAAAAACACUUUCGGUGGUGUCGUUUUGCGCAAUCAUUUACCUGUUGCCAAAUAUUUCUCUGCCUGAAAAAACUAGAAACGCCAGUGGAUUCGUGGUUCAAUUCGUGUUAAUGAACCAAGCCCAGUUGCUCACUGCGGGUUUGGUCUUAUUGAUCUCUACCUCUGUCGUUUUCACCUUACUGUCCAAGGUGACGGAAAAUAUCUUCAAAUCCAAAGUUAAAAAAGUGGUUGAAUCAGAAGGAAGCUCGAUAUUUGGUUGUCAACUAGAAAAGCUGGCAAAGGGAACCAUCAAACCUACAGACAAAACAAAAGAUACCCAGAUCAUUGUCUAUAGAGAUACUCCAAUCGCGCUGGUCAGUGUAUUGGAAAACGAAUCCAUUUCAAAGUCAGACUCACUGGUGAUGGGAAUUUCAUCUAUUGGUAGUCGCAGGGUUUAUGCGAAGAGUGGCAUCAUCGAGGAUCUUCUAGAUUGGGCCUUGAUUCGCACCAAAAAUAUUCAAAACGAAAGUGAUAAGUUCAAUACCGACAAGUCAAUGAAACUUCUGGUGGAUGCUUAUUCUUUUGACGAAACUUUGAAGCAGACGCUCACAAAAAAGGGCUUUUCUUUGAUUAAAAGCUACAAGCUGCCGGAAUCCAGACUUUUGGGCGGACUGUUUGGUGUUAGAAGGGAACUAUGGGGAGUACAGUUCCAUUACGAUACCAAAAAACAGAAAUAA